UGCAGAAAAACACACACACGCACAAUUCCGGUGCAAACGGAAAUUUCACAUCCAACCCAAUUCACACUAUUGCAUCCCAUUUUCCCCUCUGUCCCACACGCUCACGCGCAUUUCUCACGAAAACCACACAUUGCACACCUUCCGCCUCCGCCUCCGCCACCACCGCACCCCCAAAUUAUUGGAGAAUGUGUUGCUCUUACACACCCCCGUGAACUCCUCCAUCAUUACUCAUCAAAUUCAUACAGACUUCACGUCACCGUUCGAAUUCCUCUCAUUCUCAUCUUGCGGGAAGCUAGGGUUCCCCCAUCCCAAUCUCGAACUGGAGAAUUUCAGCUCUUCACAUUCACACCAGGAAAUGAAGAGGACCGCAUACUACAAUGACUACAAUGAUGUACCUCAACAAGUGCAUGAUCCGUGGCCUAUCAAGAAAGCACUAACAUUCUCUGAUGUUGAUACCACUCAUCCUUUCCUGACAUUGUCCCGGCAACAAGUUGAAUCCAAUAUUUUGAUGUACAUGACACCUCAACAGCGGGAAAAUCUGAGAGCUGAAAGUCAAGUGGGUUUUAAUGCUCAGGACGAUGAUACUGGUGAAAUGUCUGUAAUGAAACUAAAGUGGCGUGGGAGCUAUUAUAAUCUAAUUGGAAAAUGGGGAAAAGUUGUUCGUGGAAAGGGACUUGAAGUUGGGCAGGAAAUUAAGCUACGAUGGUUUAAUGGAUGCUUACAUUACUCAGUUCCGCAACAGCAAAUUGUUGCAGUACCACCAAUCAGAAUGGUUGCAGCUCCUCUAGUGCAGGACCACUGGCCUAUUAGAAAGGUACUCACAUCAUCAGAUGUGGACCCUCAUCAUCCUUUUCUUCCAUUGCCUCGUAAAUCUGCUGAAGAGCAUAUUCUUGUGCACUGGAGACCCCAGGAAAGGGAAAGAUUGAGAAAGGAUGAACAAGUAUCUAUAAAUGCUCGAGAUUAUGAUACGGGUGAGGCUCAUGGGAUGAAAUUGAAGUGGCGAGAAGAUCAUAUUGUUGCUGCACCAUCUGGGCAUGAUGAUUGGCCUAUCAAGAAAACUCUCACAAUGUCGGAUGUGGAUACAAAUCAUCCAUUCCUUACUUUACCUGGCAAAGCAGUUGAGGAUCACAUUCUUUUCUACUGGACUCACCAAGCUCAAGACCAGUUGAGGAAUGAACACCAAGUUGGUGUCAAUGCUCGAGAUGAUGAUACUGGCUAUUUGUAUGUGAUGAAGUUAAAAUGGCGUGGAAGUUAUUACAAUCUGAUUGGUAAAUGGGGCAAAAUAAUCAGAGAGAAGAGGCUCGAUGUAGGGAGAGAGAUCAGGGUACGCUGGGAUAAUGGAUGCUUGGUUUUCUCAGUUCCUCAAUGACAGUUCUUUCAUGUAGAUCUAAGUUGAAACUGUAACCCAUCUAUUGCGAUUCUCUCUAUAUAGUAUAUCAAUGGAGUGCAAUUCUGGGAGUGCCUUUACUUCUCGUUAAUAUGAUAAUUGGCAUGAAAGAGUAUACCAUUAUUUCAAACUGCUAUAACUGUCGCAUCAUCAAUUGAAUUUAAAACUUUCUAUUUCAUUCAGUUAUCA